UACCUUAUAGGUAUGUAUUAAUUUUAUAUUUUACAUUUAUAUAUUUUUUUAUUGAUUAAUAACUAGAUUAUGUUAUACCUUCAUGUGUUAAAAAUAUUUAUUUUUUUCAAUUUUGAAGUAGUUAAAAAAUGUACGAUCAAGAAUUAAUCUAUAGAAAAUCCAGUUAUUAUAAUAUGUCUUAUUAUACGUUAGAGGGCUACUAUUGUGUAUGUUACCGCAUGAUAUUAUAUAAUUUAUUAUAAAUAAUGCUACACAAUAAACACUCCUACUGAGUAAGUCUAUAUCUAAUUGCGUAUUAUUUUAUUGUUAUAGGUUUUUGGUAUCCAAAUGAAACGAAUGUUUGGGAAUGCCGUACGUGUAAAAAAAAGUACAAACAUCGGCAGAGCUUACAAAAUCAUAAAAAAUUUGAAUGUGGCGUUGAAAAAAUGUUUCAAUGUCGUAUCUGUAAUAAACGAUUUAGGGGUUUCAGAAACAUUCACUUGUCCCAAAUGCGGACGUACUUAUGACAAACGACCGAGUUUCGCUAAACAUUACAAAUUUUGCGGCGUAGACUUCGAAUGUGAAUACUGCGUGUGCUGGAAGUUAAAUAAACAAGACUUUGUGAUUGUCGAUGAACGGUAUCAGUGUCCCAACCAGUGUGGCAGAAGUUAUAAAGCAUUACAUGGUGUCAGACAACAUUUACGCUAUGAAUGCGGUGUAAGGCCUAAAUUCUCAUGCGCAGUAUGUAUGAAAUGUUUUGCGUAUAGAACCGUGCUGAAAAUUCAUAUGGCAACAGUACAUAACAAAUUCGGAAGUAUGAUAAUAUAAUUAUUGUUGAUUUCAAGA